UUUCGAUUAAGCCCCGCCUCCUAUUGAUAUGUGAUUACUGCAGCACUAAAACUCCACCCCUUAUCAAACAUGGCUGCUUUGGUCUUCAGGUUUGUCAUGUUAGUCGCCAUGGUGACACAGACACCAUCUCAAGAACAGCAGAAUUCCCAAGUCCAGUCUAAGUGUGAAGACCGGUCCUUGGUGAUCCAGGUGGAAUCAAUGGAGGUGCCGCAAUUCGAGGCCAUAGAUGAAAAUGGCAGCCAGAUCCUAAAAGAGCCACUCGCUGCCCGUUGUGGCUACACCAUCAUCUCCAACAAGAUGGCCACCUCCACCACUCUCAGGGCCUCUUUCUUCUCCUGCUACACCCACAACCAGAAUGACGUCAAGUUCACAUUCAGAUUUAAUGUGAGGCUGAGGACCAGCAAAGGCAUUUGGGAGACACAGUCCAUUUCGACUUUGUGUUUUGGUCCAAAAUGGGCUCACAGAGAAGUCGUCUGUGAGGAGGACUACAUGGAGGUCAAUGUAAACCAGGACUCAUGUGAAGCUACUCAGGAGGUUGGAGAUCAGUUCUGGGGUGUGGCCAACUCUCAGGUUCAGAGUUCGACCAAAGCGACUUGGCAGCUUAUGUUCCUGCAGGGAGACGGUCACAAGACCUUCAUGUCCAUUCAGGAGGCCGAAUCCCUAGGCUACAUCGUGACAAGCUCCGCCCACAGGGUAGUGCUUCGAACCGACCAAAGAUCGCCACAUGCCAAGGUCAUGAUGGUGCAUGGUGUCCCGGUGGAAGUGAUUCAGGUCUCGGUGGUCUUCAGGAGACUGCAGAUGGUGGUGCUGCUGGACUUGACCAUGGCUUGUACACUUAAUUCAGGAGAAUUUAAUGGCGCCUGGCUGCUCUGGGACGUUCCUUGGGUCAUGCUGCCUCUUGUGGAUGAAUCUGCAGUGUUUGAAAGUCAGUACGUAGGCAUUAGAGUGGACGGUGAGUUUCUGGACCAAAACAAUGCCACAAGCAAAGGAUUAAGACUGGUCCACAGUGGAGACCUGGUCCUGAUUGCAGUUCCUUUCAGAGCCGAGGGCGGCUACAGAAAAAGUUGGGUGGUGAAUAACACCUACAAAGAAGAGUUUGGAAUCUCGCUUCUGUACGAGCAUGACUUUUCUCUGACGUACGACGGCAGCAGAAGAAUUAACAUCAAACAUCGGCUGCUGCGAGUGUUGGCCACACCCCCGCUCUGCCAUCCACCCUUCAGUCUGGAUCAGACACUUGACAAUGAUGUGGCUUUCCACAUCUUGCUGGGAAAUAUUCCCUCUGAUGUCGUCUUAGAGGAAGUGUGGAUCAACAAGAAGCAAGUGAUGUCAGGAGCCAGCAAUCCUGCCAUUUUCAUCACACCUAUGCUUUACGCUAACGGCAGCCGCGCAUUCGAUCUCCGACUGCCCUUUCAGGAUGCUUCCAUCCGCACAACAUACCUUGGCGGGGGUGUCGUCCAGUAUUCCGCACAUCUGAAAUUCACCCUGACUAUUAUACCGCAAAGAGAAUCGUACUACCACCACACCUUUGUCAGCAGCCGAGUCACCAACACCUUUCCUCCACAGAUCAUGGCACAGUGUUUGCAUCAAGGGAUCUGUUUUACCAUCGUUCAAGCUUCACCAAGUCUUAGUCUGUGGGAGGUUGGCGUUGACCAUGAACCUCUUACCUUUGAGCUCGUGGCCCAGAGAGGGUACAAGCUUCACAACGACAGCCACCGGAUGACGCUGGAAGUUCCGAUAUACUCAAUUGGAUACAGAUAUGACGACAUAAAUCUAUUUAACUUCUACGGAACUUUUGAGCUUCUUCUUAGAGAUUCUAGAACAUUACAGGUCCAAGCAUCUACCUCUAAACGCUGCCUCUUCAAAACUGAGGACAUGACAGUCUGUUCUUCAGAUGGAACCAUAACCGUGAUAACUGGGACCAAAUCCACCAGGCCUACGGUGCAACUGAAAAAACUCCAUUUGCUGGACCCUGAUUGUAGACCUAAACAGCUUGAUGAAUCCAGAGCUCUGUUUGAAUUCAGAGUUAACACCUGUGGGACCAGACCCAUGGUUGGAGAGUCGUAUGUGGUUUAUGAGAACGAAGUUAUCCAUGACAGACAGUUGAUUACAGAUGGGCCAAACUUGAUUUCAAGAGAUUCUCAAUUCAAGUUGAGCAUCAGGUGCUUCUACCCAUUAAACACCAUCAACAGACUAUCUAUGGACAGGAUCUUCACAACAGAUCAUGCAAACAAAACUGUGGAGCAAAACUGUUUGCCUUCAACAUUUGGAAGUCUCACCAGAGCCAAAAUAAGACAGAUGCCUGAUACAGAAGAAAAAGUCUCUGAAACCAGCUAUUUUUCUACAGUUCCAGGAGAAACUCAACUUGACCCUUUCAAAAACCUUCAGAUGUUUCUAACCAGGAAUACAGGUCCUGUCUUUGAGAAAGUAUCUUCUUUUUCUGAUCAAAUCCCAUCCCCAACCGAAACCCAAAAUAUUGUGGACCAAUUUUCUAAGGUGUUGGGUAUUGUCGAGCAACACAAUAUUGAACAACCCCAACCAGGCCAUGCAAAACAAACCGGAGAACAUCUAGGUCCCAGUGUCUUCACUUGGGAUCCGCCCAAUGGAUUUGAGUCUUCUCAAGACCUGCGUGGUCUUUGGGAGAACCACUCUCUCAGUCCCCACCAACAUGUCUCACCGGACUUUAACAACCAGCCAACAUCUACUGCAGCCCAGUGGCUCGACCCAAACACAGCACAGACCAGGUCUAUGGACAAAAGGAAUGCUAAGGUGGCAGGUUUUAGAGUACAGGACAUCACGGUUAAAUCUAUACCUAAAAGUAAACAAGAUAGACCUGUUCCUGAUCAACAAAACAUUCAGGCCUCUCAUAUCCCAGGGUCUGGUAAAGUCCUAACAGAAAUCCAGAGAAACUGGAACCGUAAACCGCAUCAAGAUCCCCAAAAUGUAAAUACACAACCGAAAGUGCCGAAGUUGGCAGUCGUACAGCAAGAACUCCAACAGGACCAGGAAAAACUGCCGACAGUGUCGGAGAACAAAAACAAGAAAAUGGCCUUCCCUGCAGGUGUGUCUCACAGUACAGCUAGAUCUGGUCCUGCUAUCGCUGCACGAAUGCAAAUUUGGACCAGACCCCAUCACUACGGAAACCCAUACUUUGGAAGGAAUUUGGACCUCGACCUCUCACCACACAAAAGGUUCACAUCUGCGCUGUUUAUCAGAGGGCGUGGUCCAAAUAGGAGGUACAGUCCCAGUGUGGAACCAGCUGGUCCAGUUCCGGACAAGGAAACCCACAGCAAGUCUGACGGUCUGAGUUCAUAUGGAUUCAGUGACCACCAGGGCAUCGACAGAGGUGAUUAGACCAGCUGAUUAUGACCUGCAUUUCUCUUAUAACCAAAAAUAAAUAAAUUUCCAGAU